UAAUAUUUAUUAUUAAGAUAAAAUGUCUUCCAAAUCCAUUAGGAAGAAGCUAAUGCUUGCUAAGAAGCUCAAGCAGAACAAGCCAUUGCCAAACUGGUUUAGAUUCAAGAAAAACACUACCAUCAGAUGGAACGCCAAGAGAAGAAACUGGAGAAGAACCAAGCUCAAGUUGUAAAUCUGCUUCUUGAAGGACUCUUUGUCUUCUUCAUCUACUUCAAGCAGUCAUUUAUUCUAUAAAUGGGAGAUAUUAGAGUUCUUUGCAAUAAUAAAGU